AUGGCACAGGCUGAAGAUUUGAGUCGGAUGCGGAAAAGACGACGCACAAUUCGUGGAUUGGUAACGAAACUAUUCACAAAGAUUGACGAAGCCCUGGAGGAUGUAGACGGUGGAGAUUUGAGAAAGUUUAAACAAUUUGAGAUCGAUUUGAAGGAGAAACAAGGCAAGUUGAAAGAGCUCGACGAGAAUAUUUUAGAAAGUUUGUACGAUGCCGAAGAAAAUGAUGAAACGUGCGAUGAAGAAGCUGAAAGUGCCAGCGAGAUUAUGGAGAAAGUAUUAUUCAGAUUGGUUUGCUUGGAGAAAGCAUUAGAUGACCGCUCCAGUUCAAAAGGAUCUACGUCGAUAGAACGAAGCGUUUCUCAAGAAAGUGUACUGUCUAGCGGAUCGAAGUUUGGCGAAGCUCACGCAGCUCAAGCUCUAAACAGCUACAAUGUCCGGGUGAAAUUGCCUAAAAUUAGCCUGCAGAAAUUUUCUGGAAGGGCUCAAGAUUGGCAGGAGUUCUGGGACUCCUUCAAAAGUGCAAUUCAUGAUUCGCCCGCAUUAGCGAAGGUUGACAAAUUCAAAUAUUUGAAGUCGUAUCUUGAGGAGCCAGUGCGGAAAGUCAUUGGAGGCUUGUCAUUAACGGACGCGGAUUACGAUUCUGCCAUAGACAUUUUAAAAAGUCGCUUUGCAAAGCCAACGGUGAUAAAGAGAGCCCAUAUAAAUGAGUUGCUAAACUUGUCGCCUGUUUUCAACGAGAAGAACACCCCAAGAAUGAGACAGCUGCACGAUGAUAUCGAGACCAAUUUUCGCAGCCUCGAGGCUCUGGGUGUUGAUCGUGAUUCCUAUUCAAGCAUUGUUGUUCCGGUUUUGUUGGAGAAGAUUCCAGAGGCUGUGCGGCUAAACAUGUUUAGAUUUGGUAGCAAUCAUUUAGAGUGGAGUAUAGGGGAUUUGUUACACGCGUUUGCUAAGGAGCUGGAGAUAAGAGAAAGCCACGUACCAGUGCUCAAAGGGAUUUCAUAUUCAGCAAAUCCACAACGCGGAGAUCGGCCUAGGCCGCAACAUCACACGGAGAGAGUCAGCACAGCAAGUGCGCUGUUCAUGGGAAAGGACAAUUGUAAUAAAUGCCAGUUCUGUCUAGAAUCGCACGAAGCUGCGAACUGUACGCAGAUACGUAACCUGAAGAACGUAAAAGA